CUUGAACUCUUCAGCCGAGCUGGAUGCAUGCGCGUGCGGUGGUCACAUCGUCAGCAGCAUUUUUCGAACAGCAACCGUCACUGCUUCACCGGUCGCGAUCGACAUUUUCGUGUCCCUGCUUGUCUCAGUGUAGUAUUUAUCGCGCGAACAACUUUGACUGCAUCUUCGCCGAAAGGUGUGCGUUUUUGUGUCGAGAGGCAGUGAAACAGAAAUCAUCGAAUUUUAAUCAAAUGAGAAAGAUUUUUUGCCGUACAAUAGUGUGAAAGUGUUGGCCCAACAUUCUAAGGAAAAAAAAACAUCUCAUCCAUCAAGUUGUUACAGAAACGAAUUACAGCACAAAACGUACGAUUACUUCGAGCAAUCAGCGCUAUUAUCAGCGGCAGUGCGGCAAACGAAACGAGCGAAUCAAAGGGCUUUUCCUCCAGUAAGGCGUAACACUAACGCACACGCAGCACCCGGGCCAUAACAAUAGCCGGUGGGUAGGUAGGUAGUAGCAUUCAUCCCGCCCGACUCCUUAUUUCGCCCAACGGUAGCACCAUUUCAGUGGAUUAGCGAAGCGAAUGCUCGCUUGCGUGUGCUGAUGUGCUAUGGCCUGUAGGAGCAGGCCCGCCAGCACCCGCUCACACCCGCAGCAAAACGUCCCGCGGGGCAGGGAAAGGUGGCAGUGCUGUCUGCGGCCUGUACGACAACAUUCCGCGCAUACGUGCGUCCCGCUCCCGGAGGCGCAUCGCAACUGCACCCGCCACACUCGCUGAAGGCCGCGCGAAAGGAUGAUGGGACGCGCACUGGUCGCGCACGGGACGUUUCUAGUGUGCUGCAGGCAGUGCUACGCGCAGGUGUAUCUAGGGCCGUGUCACAUGCUGGCCAGUGUCACCCCUCGCCGUAACCCAGAAAGUGUAUCAAAGUGAAUCUUAGUGCUUCUCCACCGCACCAUCCCACGGUUCUUUCUGCCGCCCAUAAUUGUUUGGUGCUUGUGUUAGUGUGAGCGUGGGAGCGCGGGUGCGUGCGUGUGUGUGUGUGUGUGUGUGGGUGAGGGCGCGAGGCGCAUCUAUGUGAGUGUGUGCAGGUGCCCGUGGACGUCGCUCCACGAGAGGCCGGUGAAGGUUCAUGCUCAGUGGCAGGAUUCGUCGGAGGGCCCUGGCCCUGCUGGGCGCCCUCCUGCUGGUGAUCCUCGUCUGGCCUCCCUGCUGCGCCACGAUGCCGAAGCCGCUGUCCGUCACGUCCCCCCAAGCGCCAUGGGAUGUAGUGCCGCCAGCUCGGCCCCAUCCAGCCGCCGCAGUCAUGCCGGUCCCAGUGCAACCGUCGUGGACGAGCGGCGAAGGCACAUUCGCUCCGAAGCGGCACCACGUCCCGAUUGGCCCGGGGAGCGAACGGCACCAGAACGAGCAACACCAGCAGCAGCAACAGGAACCGGCGGAAUCCGAGAGCCGGAAGAGCCGGCGUGUCAGUGAGUUCUACCGCUUGUUGCGUGCCCUCAGUCCGGCCACCCAGCCGCGACCAACAUUUGAACCGAACGAACGAACACAGAGUGAAGUGAGUGCAGCAGUGCAGUUAAAUUUACCGCCGCGCGAAAAUAGCCGGGCGGGCCGCGUCGCGCGCGAUUAUUUAAUAGAACCGAUCGAUAAAAAUAAAUCCCAAUCGGCGAGACCGGCGAGUGCGCUCGACUUGCCGCAGGAUAAUGCGCCCGUCCGUGUGCACGCCAGGUUCGAUGACACGAACCGAUCGCCGGCACUGUCCCGAAGUAGACGAGAGGCUCUGCCGGCGAAUCCGCACCGUCACCAGCAUCAGCUUGCGCCCGCAGGUGCACCGAUGAAUGGUACCGGCGUGUGGCAUGGGCGGCGUGGUGGUGGUGGCCAUCGUCACCAUCAUCAACAUCACCAGCAGCAGCAACAACAAAACCGGAACAUCGAAUCGAAUCUCGAGCGCAAUGAGCGUUCCGCCAACCUGUCGCACAUAACCGGAGCGACACGCAAAAUCCAGCUGUUCAUCAAGAACCGCUACAUCCAGCUGCUGCCCGACGGAACCGUCAACGGAACGUCGGACGAUCUCAGCGACUACACGAUUCUACAGCGGACAACCGUCGGGAUAGGGCAGAUCAAAAUUCAAGCUGUAGCGACGUGCCUAUUCCUCUGCAUGGACACCUGCGGUAGCGUCUACGGUUCGAAGGAAUUUACCGACGAUUGUAUCUUCAACGAGCAGAUGGAGCAGCAUCACUACAACACCUAUUCCUCUACGCAACACUCGAACGCGCGCCGAACACUUUACCUCGCGCUGAACAAAACGGGCCAACCGCGCAAAAUUCAGAUCCCGGUGAACCGAACACUCGGCAAGCUGGCCACCUACACAAAGGCGCUCACCCUAACGGUAGCCCACGAUCGGGUCGAGCAGCUGAUCUCGCGGCUCUUCGGUGCCGACCACGUACGCCACGGUCUCAACCACCUGUGCGAAACGGGCCAACCGUUGGUGGAGCUAACGGCUAAGGAAAUGCGUCCUAGGCCGGUGUGUGGGGCACAGGCCGGCCCUAUGAAGGGUAUGGCAGCCGCUACAUCGACAGGUGGUGGUGGUGGUGGCGGUGGUAAGAAGAAUGGCCAGCAGAACACUGCGGGCAAAGACGAGAAGGAGGGGCUACGACAGAAGAAGAAGAAAAAGCGGCGGAAAUGUCGGGAAGAUGAGGUGCCGGGAGAGCACUGCUUUCGACCGGGUGCACCAGGCGCGGGCGUAGGUGGUACAAAUAGUGGUAAGAAGAAGGCAGGCCCCAACCAGGGACAAUCCCGGGGCAAUAGUAGUAUUAGUAGUGAUAGCGGCAGUAUCAGUCCUAGCGGUAGAAAUAGUUCUGUAGGUAGCAGUAGCGCAGGCACCAACCAGUCAGCCAGUCUUAACAACGUCACCGGCAGUAGCAGCAGUAGCAGCAGCAGCAGCAGCAGCAGCAGCAGCAGUAGUAGUAUUAGCAACAGCAGCAGUGCAAAUAGUCUAAUAGCAAGUAUUAGCAACGGUGGACCCGUCCGUCCGGGUCAACCGUCCGCCCAACUCACAGCAACACCAAAUGCCCGGAAGCCGAAACCCACCAAGAAGCUACCGGGAGGACCGCGUAAUGGAACACAGCCCCCGUCCGGCGGUAACACCGGACCAACGGGCGGUGGUCCCUCUCGAAAGCCGAAGAAACCUAACCAGCAGUCCCAAAAUCAGCAGCAGCAAAUGGCAAACGGUAAGCGGAAUGGUACCGGUGGCAAUUCGGCCAAACCCAGUCCGGCCAAGAUCAAGUUGGUAGGGGCGAGUAUAGUAACGAGCAAGUUGAGCCAUCCAAAACCAGCCUCGCUGAUGAUCGCGCGGACAGUGCGGCCCACGACACCGUUUCCGUUGGUGACAGCACGACCGACGUCCGGGCCAACGACGGUAAGCAACGAUCUGCUGGACACGUCGCAACAAUCCGACGACUCCGAGCUCGAUAUGGACGAAGCGUUACAAGCGUCCGCCGAGCUGGUGGAUGAGCUGGACGACCUCGACGAAGUUCCAGGAUCUCCUACUGCUUCUUCCUGGCAUGAUUUGCUCCCCACCAGCUCGGUAUCCGAGCAACGCAGCCGCUACAAAGCAAUGUCCUGUUGUAACUUCCUUAGCCUAAGCCCUCUCGCUCUGUACGGUGUCACUGUGCAUUUGCUCUAUCUAUGAUCGGAGACUUGGAGGUAUACUGCAAACCAAUAGGCACGUAAACGAAAAAAAAAACUUGAACUAGUCCCAAAUUAAAACCUCAUCACAGUGCAGAUUGGGAGCUGGGCAAUGAUUUGUCACCGAGGAAAAGGAAAAAAGCGCUAACAAACAAACAUUGGUGAUAUGAACACAUUGAACGAAUUGGCAGCAAUGAUUAGUGAAGAGGAGGAAGAGAAAUCUCAUUCAAACGCGGUGACAAACCACUAAGGAACGGUAGAGACUGAUUUUUUUAAUUUUCCUAUUGUUGGCGGUAUCGCUUAGAUAAUACUGCCAAAGCUGAUUCAAGUUGUUUGUUACCUUGCUUUGCGUAUGCUUUGCAGAAUGUUUUAAGCCACCGAAGAACCUGCCCAAUGUCCAAUGCUUUGCUUUUUGUUUACAGUGCCACUGUUGUUUUCAUUACUUUACACAAUCUUUUCGUUGCAAUGCCGCUAAUUCUCAUCACACUCGAAAAAAAAACAAAACACACACACACAAGAGACAAUGAUCACUCACAGCUUUUGGCUAUAAUAACUUCCAGCGCCCUUGGUAAAAGGGGAUUCCAUGACGUUCAUAACUGUAGGUUACACGAUAAACAUACAUUAAACGAUUGGUUGACCAAAGGAAAAAAUAUGAUCCAAUGUCCUUCAAUCCAGUGUCCCUACGGAAAUUGUGCAAAUAUUUUGUUCUGCUGUUACUGCGUGUACAUAGUUAGCGAAUAAGUAUGAUGUAAUAGUAUUUCAAACUCAUCUGCCCGUCAACUCACUCGCUAUAAGUAAGCGAUAGUCCUUAUCCCAAUGGCUUCAAUUUUUUAUGUCCACGAUGUAUAUGUUCAUGCAAGCAGGAAAUUCGAAAUAAAUCAAAGCACUUAUUAGAAUCUAUGCUGUAUUUGUUUGUUCGGUGGUAAGCGUAUUGUGUAUAUUCAGAUCUGUAGCAGAACUUCCAUGCGUAUAAUGCUCUCGGAAGAACUGUAUUUCAGUUCAUACAAAAGAACUGCGCAACCGAAUGAAUCUGAUUCUAGACGAUAGCCUUACUCCAACAAUGGCUAUCCUUUUGAACUUGCAACAGAUUAAGAUGCUAAGGCAAAAGUAUAACUUAAAGAAUAUUUCCAAAUAACGUUCUAAAGAGGACUGUACCUUUGUACUGACAUCCAACACCGUAGACGUAGCAAUACUCAGCAAAAUCAGCAUCUUGUGCGAGAUCUUACUCAGGAGUUCAGAAAUCGAACAACACUAAUUAGAGGGCUAAGCGACAAAAAGGGACAACCUAUAGACGCACACAUACAACUUUUGAUACACACUUACCGACAGCUGAGAUCAGCGACUAGACGAAGAUUUAAACGAUUUUCCCAUGGCGCAGAUAUUAGUUUUGACGAGUCGAACGAGUUCGAUUUAGUGUCUAAAAUCUACUCAAAUCUGCCCAUAACGAACGAGUAGAACACGACACCGAAAACAAGUUAUACCAAAUAGUCCUAGUAGUGCUAGUGGUAGGAGGCAAACGAUUCUUAAAGCUUGACCUUGUUUCCACACUCAACAAAUGAUAGACAAUAAUACACGAAGUUUCAGGAAGCAACAAUGAAUCCGACACUUCUGCAAGCCUAAACUCGGUAGUAUAAAAAAUAGGAACUCUAUCGGUGAACGUUCAAUUUUAUAAUAUUGCUUGGUCGCUAAACGAACGUUUGUAUGGAAGUAAUUUAUAAAAUCCAGCCAUAAUAUUUAUUAUCAAAGUCUUUGCAAGACUAUCGCAUCCACCAGCUGCCAACAGAAACAGUCAUGUACAUGUUGUGUUCUAGUUUCAUCUCCGUAUUUGUUUUAUUUUUCGACAAUGCUCCCGCUCGUACUACGAAGCCGUAUUCGUUCAUCUAUUUUAAUGCAUUAUAAUAAAUUCUUCUAGUCAUUAAUAACUUAUUUAGUAACGUUAAACCUUUAAUAAUUAUAGAAAUCGCGGGCUUUAUUUUUAAUUUGUAGCAGUCAUAGUGAAAGAUGUUUUGUUCGACUUUUACAACAAUUAAUGUCGCUCGAAAUAAUGCUUAACACAUCAUCACAGCCCAAGCACAGCAAUACAUUAAUCUGAUCGGUAGAUAAUGUACAUUUUGCGCACAUUUUGGUUGCGUUUGUUUACCCUUUGUUUGUUGUGUGAUUUCAAAAGGGCUACCAAAAAGCUCUAUCUUGAUUUGAGAUUUCAUCAAAAAGAAACUGCGCUGAAAUGAAUGCAGUACAAGUGUAAGUCAAUGCCUAACAGUAUCCAUUAACAGAGUGCCAUAUAAAAUAUUGUAGAAAGAGAAUGAGACACGGCUUAGCACUUUGCAGCACUCAGCAAACAGAAUAAAAAAAUAUGCAUCUGUUAUUGCUUCACCAUACUAAUCUCUUUUUUACAUUUUUACUAUUUUUUCUUCUAUAAAUUGUGACUUUAGAGUUCACUAAUGUAUGGUUUUGAUAAUAUGAGAUCAUUACUUGUUUAAUCACACAACCACAGUCAACGCGGCUAAUGGAAUGUCCCCGUGUAAAGGAGCUUUGGAUUCCAUCUGCUGUGUCGUAGAUCGUUCAAUUAAUACAUCACGUAAUUUCCCAACCCGGUAUAGACAAAGUAGGGAACGUUCAGCGUAGCGUAAACUUAAAAGACAUACACUAGACCAGAGUCUACAAAGAUAUGCUUUUUGUAAGCUAGGAAGAGCGAUGAAGAUUGUUUUGAAAAUGGAAGCAAAAUGUGCUACAUGCCGAACAAAUCCAAACAAUCUAUGGAAUACAACUUGAAAACAAUCUUGUGUAUUUGUACAUAAUAAAAAUGCAACCUAAAAAUUAAAAAAAAAUUAAAAAAUUAAGUCAUACGAAAACAACGAAUAUUAAAUCAUAUUGUAAAUGCGAGGCACUACAAGGAAAAGAAGGAAGAAAGCUUGUAAACCUAGUUAAUGUGCUUGUAAAACUACACGAAGUCAAAGGGCAUGUAAACUAACUAAUUAUCUUUACCGUAAACGAGACGUGAAAUGCAGAAACAAAUUAUACAUAAGCAAACUCAGUCUAAACUAUGCUGAUAUUGUAAAACAUACAAACAAAACUAUUCGAAGACCGAUAAUGCUAUACAAAAUAUACGAAAUCUGGUAGAAAAUAA